ACUGGUUUUGUGCAGAGGAAGCGGGGGGGUGGGGGCCAUGCGCUCGCUGGAGCGGUUGAAUUGGGAACGGGCUCUGGGCAGAGAGUGGCCUGAGGUGUAAAAUUCCUGCUUGUGGGUUCAGCGCGCCGAUCACACCAUCUGCUGUGGACUGUAUGCUCCUUGUCCCCGCCUGCGGGUCAGAAGCCCUUUACAGGAGGCUGAGCCUAUAAGGUGCAGACUUCAACUCGACUGUCAGUGGGUUAAUGUUCCAAGGGGGCUGUUGUCAGUCAGACACCGUUAAACGUUGGGACUGGUAUCAGUGAACCCUGAUUUAAUAUUUUAUCAUUUUUUUACACAUACUCGUCGGCUCCCUGACAGUGGAGAGAAAAUGGAGGCUAAAGCUUUAUGUAAAGGAGACGGUGCCUGCAACGCAGUGGCCCCGGAGCCUCAUCGGCUACGCAGUAUUGGGACCAGGGAGCACCCCAGGAACCCCAACCUUCGAGGGGAGAAACCCAACAUCAGCGAGGAGGAGUACGAGGAUUCCGAGGCCGAGCAGUAUAGGGAUGGCCGGAGCGAGGAGGUGAACUGGGAAGCCAAGGUCCAAGCGUAUGCCUGGUGCAAGGAGUUUCUUGCUGGGUCCUGGAAGUUGAUUACUGUGGAUGAGUUUCAGAUCUCAAUCGUCAGUGGAGGCCUCAGUAACCUGUUGUAUCUCUGCACACUGCCAGAUCAUGUCCUGAGUGUGGGCGAUGAACCUCGCCAGGUACUGCUGCGUGUUUAUGGAGCCAUCCUACAGGGUGUGGAUUCUCUGGUAUUGGAGAGCGUGAUGUUUGCAGUUUUGGCAGAACGCGCCUUGGGACCAAGACUAUAUGGAGUGUUUCCACAGGGACGUUUGGAGCAAUACAUUCCAAGCCGUCGACUCCUGACUGAAGAGUUGGGAAUUCCAGAUAUUUCAGCAGAGAUUGCGGUUAAGAUGUCUCGAUUCCAUGGAAUGGUCAUGCCCUUCAACAAGGAACCAAAGUGGCUGUUUGAGACUAUGGACAGGUAUCUCAAGCAGAUAAUGGGGCUAACAUUCAUCAGAGAGGCACAUGUGAAAAAGUUCAAUAAACUGAAGACUUACAACCUUCCAGGAGAGUUGGCGAGUUUAAAGGCACUUCUUGAAGCCACUUGGUCACCUGUGGUUUUUUGCCACAAUGAUGUACAAGAAGGUAACAUUCUCUAUUUGGCAGAUAAAGACCCUGCAUCCACAGAGAAAUUGAUGCUGAUUGAUUUUGAAUACAGCAGCUAUAAUUACAGAGGCUUUGAUAUCGGGAAUCACUUCUGUGAAUGGAUGUAUGACUACACUUAUGAUCAAUGGCCAUUCUUCAAAGCUAGUAUAGAGAAUUAUCCCAACCGACAGCAGCAGCUUCACUUUAUCUGACAUUACCUUUCUGAAUACUCAGGCAAUAAAGGAGAUUCGGUGCAUGAGGACCAGUCGAAAAUUGGAGAAGAGAUGAUCAUUGAGAUCAACAGGUAUGCCUUGGCCUCUCACUACCUGUGGGCACUCUGGGCUAUUAUACAAGCGAAGAUUUCCACGAUCGAGUUUGGUUACAUGGAUUAUGCCCUGUACAGAAUGGAAGCCUACUUCGAACAGAAAAGACUAUUCGCUUAAUUUGCUGUUGAGCAACAGCACUGCUGUCUUGCUCAGAAUUUAGCACGUCUCUUAUCAUUUCCUUUUUAAAAUUUCCUUUCACUUCAAAUUUGUCCACGACCGUUUCAUACCUGAUCAGCGGGCUGCACCUUGAAACCACACAGACUGGGGGAAAAUCAAAUUGCAAUUCCAUGCAAGAAAUGAUGAACAUUAACUCCUCGGGGGGACAGUUGAAGGUAACUUCCAGCAGCAGCUGUGUGAAGCCCUGGGCCACAGGUGCUCCUGUAGGAGCCUGUAACAGUGUUUGUUCAGUGUGUGUUCCCAUACUGUGUAUCGUUGUCCUUCCUAUGCUCCAGCAGUCUCCCAACCCGGU